CAUGACCCGACCUACGCACCUCAUCACGUGCAACGUCACCGCCCAAGCUCCCCCAUCGAGACAGCUGGACCAACCCCCCAGUCCCACCUUUGCUCUAUUCCCCAUCCUUGCAAUUUUUACUCUGAAAUUCGCCCGUGGAGGAUCAGAUUCGCUAUGGCCGACUCUAUUGACCCCCGGAUGCCCUCCAUCAAGCCCCGGUUCCGCUACAAUACCAUCGGAGGCAUUAACGGACCGCUGGUUAUCCUCGACAAUAUCAAGUUUCCCCGUUAUAACGAGAUCGUGUCCCUGACGCUCCCCGAUGGCACAGAGCGCAGUGGUCAAGUGCUGGAAGCCAGAGGAAACCGGGCUGUUGUGCAGGUGUUCGAAGGCACUUCCGGUAUCGAUGUGAAGAAGACCAAAGUCGAGUUUAGCGGCCACAGCUUGAAACUUGGCGUCUCCGAGGACAUGUUGGGCCGAACAUUCGAUGGCUCAGGUCGAGCUAUUGAUAAGGGCCCUAAGGUGUUAGCGGAGGAGUACUUAGAUAUCAACGGCCAGCCUAUCAACCCCUACUCACGAGUGUACCCCGAGGAGAUCAUUUCGACUGGUAUCUCCGCUAUCGAUACCAUGAACUCCAUUGCUCGUGGACAGAAGAUCCCUAUCUUCUCCGCUGCCGGUCUUCCACACUCGGAGCUAGCAGCACAGAUUUGUCGGCAAGCCAGUCUAGCUAAGCCUACUAAGGAUGUUCACGACGGCCACGAGGAGAACUUCUCCAUCGUCUUCGCCGCUAUGGGUGUUAAUAUGGAGACAGCCCGUUUCUUCAAGCGCGACUUCGAGGAGAACGGCAGUAUGGAGCGUGUCACUCUAUUCCUGAACUUGGCCAACGACCCUACUAUUGAGCGUAUUAUUACUCCUCGUCUUGCCCUGACCACCGCCGAAUACUACGCCUACCAGCUCGAGAAGCACGUCCUGGUUAUUAUGACUGACAUGUCAGCCUAUUGUGAUGCCCUACGUGAAGUUUCCGCUGCUAGAGAAGAAGUCCCCGGUCGUCGUGGUUACCCCGGUUACAUGUACACAGAUUUGUCCACCCUCUACGAGCGUGCUGGACGAGUACAGGGCCGUAAUGGUUCUAUUACACAGAUUCCCAUUCUGACCAUGCCUAACGAUGAUAUCACCCACCCCAUUCCCGAUUUGACUGGUUACAUUACCGAGGGCCAGAUCUUCGUUGACCGUCAGCUCGACAACCGCGGUAUCUACCCACCAAUCAACGUCCUGCCAUCUCUAUCCCGUCUGAUGAAGUCCGCCAUCGGCGAGGGCCGCACCCGCAAGGACCACUCAGAUGUGUCUAACCAGCUGUACGCCAAGUACGCCAUUGGUCGUGAUGCCGCCGCCAUGAAAGCCGUUGUCGGAGAAGAAGCCCUCUCCUCGGAAGAUAAGCUCUCCCUGGAAUUCCUCGAGAAGUUCGAGCGCACCUUCAUCAGCCAGUCUCCCUACGAGUCGCGCACCAUCGAAGAAUCCCUCGACCUCGCCUGGAGCCUCCUGCGCAUCUACCCUAGGGAACUCCUCAACCGUAUCCCCAAGCGCAUUCUUGACGAGUUCUACGCCCGCCACGCCCGUAAGAUUCCUAACAAGGAUACCCGCGAUAACUCGCAUGAGAACUUGAUCGACGCAUGA